GCAGCUAUAAGGGUGAUGGGGUAUAGGGGGAGUGUGUCAAAGGGAAGAGGAGUAUCUUUAGGAGAGGUCAGCACAGCACAGCACAGCAUGCUUUACUUCCUGUGCUAAACAACCUAACGUUAUUUUUAUGAGAGCUCAGGUUGCGUGCAUUAUGUUCUAAUUCCGUUCCUGUUUUGCGUUCUUGGGGUGUUGGGUUGGGUUGGGUUGGGCAGGUGGAAUCUCUCUGGUUUUUAUCACUCUGUGUCCCUUUUUUGCCUCCUCUGAAAUAACCUUCCUCUCUCCUUAAAAAGAAGAAAGAGAGAGAAAGCAGGAGGAGAGAGAAGUAGAGAACCCACUAAGCGUGCAAAUAAAAGACUUAAAGCAAAGCUAGAUUGCAAUCCCAUGCUAUUAUAGCUCCCUCUCUACCUUUGCUUUUGGGGUGUUUUUUUUUUCCUUUCUCUUGGUGGGGUUUCUGUUGAGCUGUGAUCAUAUUUCUGCUACCUUAGCCCAUUCAACGUUUUCUAGUGGACAAGAUAUUUAAGGUUUUAUUGUAGGUUCUUUUAGCUGUUGCCUCAGAGUCUCAUAUAUUAAAGGUUGAACCUUGUUGCGAAGAAGCUGUUAUUUUUCACAACUACAACAUGUGGUGGUACUUCGUGGAUUUAAGCUGUGGUUAGUUAGACCUUGAAGUUUCUCGAAUUUGUUUCUUGCAUAUAUUUGGUGAGUAAAAGGAAGAGCAAGGGGGAGUUUUUCCAUUUGAGUUGUGUGCAACAGUGUGGUUUAAGGGAUGGAUGAAAGGUCAAGAAACGAGGUAUCUCCUCAGCUGUUGGAUUUGAUCUCAAACGAGAGAGAGUGGCACAAGAGCAGAGAAGAAGGAAAGUGUUCAGAGGAGAGGAAGCUUGAGCUGAGGCUUGGUCCACCUGGUGGUGAGGACUGGUCUCACAGUGGAAAGAUGAAGAACAGCAACACAGAAAGAGAAGAGUCUCUACUCUCUCUUGGUUGCUUCUCUUCUACCAUGUCUCAUGCAAUACUGAGUGCUAACAAUGGGUUCCAAAGCAAGGACACCCCAACUGGGCCUGGUGCUAUGUUACCAUCUCCAUGGCCACCUUCCACAGGCUAUAACAACAAAGGUUCAACAUUUCUUCAGUUCCCAUCAACCCCACCUGUGAUGGGAAAGGAAGGGUCACAGGCCUGUUGCCCUAAGGUGGUAGAGUUGCAGAAUGGUGACAACAAAGUGUUUUCUCCCUCUUCUGCAAAUACAGCUGUGUCCCAGCCCAACACCUCUCAGAAAAGAACUGCUCCUGCACCAGUGGUGGGUUGGCCUCCAAUUCGCUCUUUCAGGAAGAACCUUGCAAGCAGCAGCAGUGCUUCUAAGGCACCACCUGAGUCACAGCAUGAGCAGCAUAACAAGGUUGCAGGUAAAAAACCUGUUGACAAUUAUGGUAAAGGUUUGUUUGUCAAGAUCAACAUGGAUGGAGUACCAAUAGGGAGAAAAGUGGACCUCAAUGCUUACGACAGCUAUGAAAGCCUCUCUUCUGCUGUGGAUGAGCUAUUCAGAGGCCUUCUUGCAGCUCAAAGAGAUUCCUCUGCUGGAGGAGUUCACAACAAGGAGGAAGAGAAAGCGAUUACUGGUUUAUUGGAUGGAAGUGGGGAGUAUACUCUUGUUUAUGAGGAUAAUGAAGGAGACAGGAUGCUGGUUGGGGAUGUGCCAUGGCAGAUGUUCGUAUCAACAGUGAAGAGGCUGCGGGUGUUGAAGAGUUCUGAGCUUUCUGCUUUUACCCUUGGCAGUAAGCAAGAGAAGAUGUCACUUGGCUCCACAAUGAAUUGAACGGAAGUUUGAGGCUUGUUCCACAGCUGAAACUAAGACUUCUAAUUGACGUUUUUGGUUCUUCUCUGAGGAAGAUCAUGGAAUGAAACUUGUAGCUAGCAUUACUACUUGAGUAAUAUGAUGAUAAAUGUGUCUUUU